ACAAGUAUAAUAGACGUUGCAUUAGUGUGUUAGAAGCAGAAGAUUUUAAAAUACAACAUAAGAUAGUCGUUUUAUGAUUGUUCCUCUCGCUUUGAAUGACGACUUGAUUUUAUCCAACCAGGAAGACAUACCAGUAUGGAAUAUUAUAACAAUACAACGACAAAUAUUUAUCACAGCAAUGGAACAAGUAAUACACCUGAGCAUUACAAGGUGAUUUUAAAAUGGAUAUCAUUUCUGAUUUUCCUUGGUAUAAUAGCAUUCAAUGCACUUGUUAUCGUGUUGUUACUAACACGGAAGAAGAAGACGAGAAUGGGAUUUUUUGUUACAAAUCUUGCAAUAUCAGAUCUCUGUCUUGGACUCUUUUACGUUUUCCCGGAGUUGGUUUUCAACAAAUUUGGAGUUCCUUGGAAUAAAUAUGUUUGCUAUAUAGUGUACGCAUUUUUCUCACAGUGGUCAGCCUAUGUAUCUAUAUAUGCAAUAGUUGUAAUGUCUAUAGAUAGACUAUACGUUAUUGUGAGACCUUUAUCUGCAGCAUCUAAAGGACAAAAGUAUCGAUUUGGUUUGGCAUCAAUAGCAUGGAUUACUGGAUCAGUUCUUGCUGUGCAGUACGUUGUUCACACUGACUUCGGGAAGAGGGAGAAGACAUUUUGUGUUCAUUUUAUUCCAUACAUGGAGGUAAGUUUGAGAGAAAAACAUGACUGA